CACCGCUUAUUGGCUUGGCUCUGGACAGCAGCAGGGCCCUUAUCUAAAAUGGGGCAGCUUCUGGAUUCUUCUCACAGAAGCCACCCCUAUGGGCCCCCGCUACCAAAACUUGCCAAGUAGGCCCACUACAAUUUCUUCUCAGAAAGAAUAGUCAGGAAUUGGAACGGGUUGCCCAGGGAAGUAGUGGAGUCACCUGGGGGUGUUCAAGGAAAGGCUGUACGUGGUGCUUAGGGACAUGCUUUAGUGGGUGACAUUGGUAGUAGGGGGAUAGUUGGACCAGAUGAUCUAGAGGGACUUUUCCACCCUUAAUGAUUCUACGAUUCUGUGAUUCUAAUUAGGAGGCUUUGAACCCUGAUGGUGAGAGUUGGCGAAAGGAGUCAGGGCUCAGACCGGACUGUCAACUGCAGUAAAGACUAUUAAGACCGCUGGCUUUGUAACGUCUCUUGCUGAUGUCUGGGGGAGAAAACGAGCUCUGGUCUCACCCUGCUCUCGAGAAACCCCUCGUCCUGCUUCUCCCUCAGGGUCGGCAGAGGAGCGUGUGGAGGAGAAACCCCGGCACUGCUGGGGCAGCGACUCUCCAAGUGCUCGCUGUCGAAGUGCACCAUGUCUGCAAUGAAGCGGAAGGCUCCCGACUCGAGGGAGCAAGUUUCUUGCGAAUGGCCUUUAUCGGCCUGGAAACCUACAGGAGGGAAUUUUGGGAUUUUUACUGGAGGAUAUACAGCACACAAUCAAGCGGGCAUCCCAGAAGCAAUGCUUCGUUUGUGGCGAGCGAGGGGCCACCAUCACCUGCACGGAGACGGGCUGUGAACGCAGCUUCCAUCUCCCCUGCGCCUCGGAGGGAGAAUGUGUCACCCAGUUCUUUGGGCGGUACAGGUCCUUCUGCUGGGAGCACCGCCCUCAGCAGGCAGUGCAGGCAGCUCCAGAGCAGGACACCACCUGCAUCAUCUGCAUGGACCCUGUGGGGGACAGCAAGUCCUACCACACCAUGGUGUGCCCAGCCUGCAGUCACGCCUGGUUCCACCGGGGCUGCAUCCAGGGACAAGCUGUGUGCGCAGGCAUUCUCUGCUUCCAGUGCCCCAUCUGCAGAAACAGGGGGGAGUUUUGUUCAGAAAUGUUCAUCAUGGGGAUCCGAGUCCCAUUCAGGUUCGUGUCCCUCUGCCCUGCUCUCUAGACACGAGGGCACAAGCGCUGCGCAUGGCCAGGGACUGGACAAUUUCCCUCCCUUCUCUCGCAGAAGACCAACCUGGGAGAACAACGACGCCUUUGCAUCGCUGCGAGAGAGGCACCAGCGCUGUGAUGUCAGCGAAUGCCUUUACCCACAAGGCAGGGAGCAGGCGGAGGGACAGGGGCCCUGGCAGCUGCUCCUGUGCCGCUCCUGCGCCGCCGAAGGCACCCACCGGCGCUGCUCCAACUUGACCAACAGCGCAGGCACCUGGGAGUGCGGCAGCUGCGCUGGCGUGGGCACCGCCUCCAGUGCCAACCUGGGGCUCGCCGGCACCACCACCUCCAGUAAAGAGGCUCUGGGGCCCUCCCGUGGCUCCCCAGCACCUGAAAGCAGCAGCCUCAGCAGCGCCAGCAGCCAGGCAGCACCGGGGCCAUCCCACAGUUCCCAGGUGACUGAGAGGAGGCGGCCAGGGACAGAACAGAGGACAAUCUGCCAGCCUGUACGCCAGGCCCAAGACACCUGUAACGAUCCUGGAAGAAGCCGCUGCAGGAGCAGCCGUGCUGCAGAACCCAGCGCUGGGAGCAGCACCCCCAGCUUGGCCAGCCAGAGGGCACCAGGAACCUCCAGUCACUCCUUGGUGCCCGAAGGCAGACACCCCGCCAGCCAGCGAGGGCGACCCCGGACAAGAAGCCGCUCACCGCUGGAACGUCCAGCCCCGGAUCCUCAGAGCCGGCCCCGAAGACGCCGCAGGAGCAGCCGUGCACCACAAACUGGUGCUGGGAGCAGCAGCAGCGCCAGAUCUGCCAGGCGGGCGGCAUCGGGGUCCCCCAGUGGAUCCCCGGGGCCUAAACGGAGACGAUGCUCCAGCCAGCAGGGGACGGCCCAGAGAAGAAGCCGCUCCCCAUUACAACACCAGGCCCCAAAUACCCAGAGGCAGACCCGAAGACGGCAUCGGAGCAGACACAACACUGGAGUGAUACCAGUGCUGUUCCAGCUACGACUGCAGAGCACAGCACUGUGUGGGCUGCUGCAGGGAAAGCAUGCAUGCUGUGUGGCCGGGCAGAUGCUGACCCGAACAUCUGCGGCCCCAGACGCGAAAGGAAUGGGCUCUGUGCCCACGUUUUUUGUCUGUUUCUUGCGAAUGGCCUUUAUCGGCCUGGAAACCUACAGGAGGGAAUUUUGGGAUUUUUACUGGAGGAUAUACAGCACACAAUCAAGCGGGCAUCCCAGAAGCAAUGCUUCGUUUGUGGCGAGCGAGGGGCCACCAUCACCUGCACGGAGACGGGCUGUGAACGCAGCUUCCAUCUCCCCUGCGCCUCGGAGGGAGAAUGUGUCACCCAGUUCUUUGGGCGGUACAGGUCCUUCUGCUGGGAGCACCGCCCUCAGCAGGCAGUGCAGGCAGCUCCAGAGCAGGACACCACCUGCAUCAUCUGCAUGGACCCUGUGGGGGACAGCAAGUCCUACCACACCAUGGUGUGCCCAGCCUGCAGUCACGCCUGGUUCCACCGGGGCUGCAUCCAGGGACAAGCUGUGUGCGCAGGCAUUCUCUGCUUCCAGUGCCCCAUCUGCAGAAACAGGGGGGAGUUUUGUUCAGAAAUGUUCAUCAUGGGGAUCCGAGUCCCAUUCAGAAGACCAACCUGGGAGAACAACGACGCCUUUGCAUCGCUGCGAGAGAGGCACCAGCGCUGUGAUGUCAGCGAAUGCCUUUACCCACAAGGCAGGGAGCAGGCGGAGGGACAGGGGCCCUGGCAGCUGCUCCUGUGCCGCUCCUGCGCCGCCGAAGGCACCCACCGGCGCUGCUCCAACUUGACCAACAGCGCAGGCACCUGGGAGUGCGGCAGCUGCGCUGGCGUGGGCACCGCCUCCAGUGCCAACCUGGGGCUCGCCGGCCCCACCACCUCCAGUAAAGAGGCUCUGGGGCCCUCCCGUGGCUCCCCAGCACCUGAAAGCAGCAGCCUCAGCAGCGCCAGCAGCCAGGCAGCACCGGGGCCAUCCCACAGU